CCACUUCAGUGUAGUCGUACCUUGCCAUGAUGCACGCUCUCCUUCCUCUCGUCCCCAGCUCUCCCCCCUCCUCACCCCUGGGUUCCUCCAGCUGUGCCUAGAUAGAGCCUGCUGGCCUCUCCUCUCUGAUCUCUGGUCCCCUCUCUCUCUGCCACACAGGAGCUGCAUGGAAGGACACCACAGAAGAAAAGGAACUGGACAAUAGCAGGAAGUGGCUACGGUGGCGUAACCAGGGAAAAGGGCUGAACUCUGCUACUGGGACGUCCUGAGAACAGCACCCCUCAGGGACCACAGCAGUCAGCAGCGUGCCUGGAGAAGGACACAACACACACCAGGGGAAAGACAGACAGCACAGCUGUGUGUACGGCUCUCAGAUACGGCUCCUUCUCUCUGUGUCUCAAUCCUCCACUGUGGGAUCUAACCCCUGGACUGAGACACAUCUCAUUCUGGACUUACUAUCCUGACUGAACAGCUGGAUAAGCUCAAGUUGAAACUUUUCCCAUUUUUGAUGAUGAGGCAGCAAGCUGCCCGUGGGAUGAGCGCACCAGGGCUGAGCAUGGCUCUCCUGGCCCUGCUCUCCUUCUUCAUCGCCAGCAUGGCUGAGCUGAGGGGCGGCAAGCCAGCAGGCCCCGUUCUGCAACGCCACAAGAGAGAGUGGCUGUGGAACUCGCUCUACGUGGAGGAGGAGCGGCCGGCUCCUGUGCCGUACAAGAUAGGACAGUUGAGGUCCACCAAGGUGAAUGAGAGGACACACUAUGAGAUAGUAGGGGAGGGGGUGGUGGGUCAUAACCCACCCAUCUUCAUGGUGAAUGAGAAUGGGGACCUGUUCGUUACCAGCCAGCUGGACCGCGAACAGAAGAGCAAGUACCUCCUUCGGGCCAAGCUGCUUGAUGACCGCAGCAACCUGGUGGAGCGAGAAGAGGACUUUGUGGUCUUGGUCACAGACAUUAACGACAACGAUCCUGUCUUCCCGCCAUCGUUCAAUGCAUCCAUCAGAGAGAGGUCACAUAAAGGAACUAAAGUCAUAACAGCCAGUGCCACUGAUGCAGAUGACCCAACAACGGCCAACGCAGCGCUGCGUUACACCUUGCUCCAAGGAGGGGACGUCUUUGACAUCGACAGCUCCACAGGUCUGAUAACGACCAAGUUCGAGCCCCUGGACCGUGAGCAUCGCAGCCUGUACGUCCUGGUUGUCCAGGCUCAGGACACGUGGGGGAAAAAGCAGGGGGGCACGGCGACCACGUCUGUCUCUAUCACCCUGACCGACAUCAAUGACAACAUGGCAUCCUUUACCAGAAAAUCGUACGAGUUUAAAGUUCCUGAGAACCAGAAGCUGGAUGUGAAGCUCGGCACCCUGGAGCUGGAGGACAGAGAUGAGCUGCAUAACAAAGACCCCAUCUUCACCAUUGCCGCUCCGCUCAAUAUCAAGUUUGACUUGGAGCGCAGUCCAAAGAAAGAUGGCAACCUCAUGCUGAAACAGCCACUGGACUACGAGACCCAGAGCAGCUACACGUUCUCUGUGGAUGUGCGAGAGACCAACCUCCAGGAACCAGCAGACAACAAGAACUUGGCGGUGACCAAAGCACAGGUCGUCAUCCAGGUUCUGGAUGUGGACGAGCCCCCCCUCUUCACUAGAGACAUCUACACCUUCUCCGUGAAGGAGGAGACCAUGGUCACUAACAUAGGAGUGGUCAAAGCCAGAGACCCUGACCGUGUUAACAAAACCAUAAGGUACUCCAUCGAGGAAAUAGACUGUCCAGUGGGAAUCAACCCCAUCACAGGACAGCUGUCUACACAAAGGAAGCUGGACCGUGAGCUAAAGGCUACCUACAUGAUUCAGGUCAAAGCCCAGGAGGAGCCCCAAGGACUGGCCUCUUUUGUGAAGGUGAACUUGCUCGUGAUAGACAUCAAUGACAACGAGCCCGAGCUUUCUGCCGAAGAUGUGUUCGUUUGUGAGAACGACAUGAAGAACACGGUUAUUGGGACAAUUCGAGCCACAGACAAGGAUGAACAAACAGCCACAUUCAGCUUCUCACUGAUGGAGCCCAGCUCCAACUUUUCAGUAAUUGACAACAAGGAUAACACUGCCAACAUCCUGCUAAAACACGGCAGCUUCAGUGUGGACGACCCCAGGGAUUACAUCCUUGAGAUUGGGAUUAAUGAUGGAGGGAGACCGGCAAAGAGCAGUGUCACUUCUCUGCCAAUAAGAGUGUGUCGCUGUGACAGGAACAGGAUCCACACCCAGUGUAAAGCUGCCCAUCUCAAGAUGGGCGUCAGCACGCCAGCUCUAAUCGCCAUCCUUCUCUGCAUUCUCACCAUCCUCGUCAUAGUGAUCCUGUUUGUCCUGAGGAAGCGCUACCAGAAGGAGGCAUUGGUGAGCAUGGGGAAGAAUGCAGAGAUCCACGAGCAGCUAGUGACCUACGACGAGGAGGGCGGCGGGGAGAUGGACACCAACGGCUAUGACGUGUCAAUCUUGACCUCGGCCCGCCAUGACGGCAGCAUGAUGUGCCAGGGCCCCUCCCUCUACGCCAUGGUCCAGCGGCCCCCCGCUUGCAAGGGCGACAUGGCGGUGAUGAUUGAGGUGAAGAAGGACGAGGCGGACCAUGACCGGGAUGGCAUCCCCUAUGACACGCUGCACAUCUACGGCUAUGAAGGCCCAGAGUCCCUGGCCGGGAGCCUCAGCUCACUGGACAACUCCUCCACCAGCUCCAACCUGGACUAUGAUUUCCUCCAGGACUGGGGUCCACGCUUCAGACCCCUGGCCGAGCUGUAUGGGGUGGAUGGGCCAGACACAUACAGCCCCUAUUGAUAAUCCUAACACAGACCCCGACCCUGACCCCUGAAGCCUGAACCAUGACACCCACUCUACUCUUGUUGAUGCCAACACUGAGCGAAAGAACCAACAGGCUAAAAACCCAGUGGCCUACUCCCUCUCUCUCUCUUCCUCUCCCAGUCUAUCUCUCACUCUCUCAAUCCAUCCCUUACUCUUUCCAUCCCUCCCACCUUUUCUAAUACUUACUUUCUUGUUGCUGUUGAACAAGCCGUUUUCUUUUUUGUUCUCUCUGCAUACAGUCAGUCCUCUACUUAUAUCAUCUUUGACACUUGCCUUGAACUUAAAGCCUGUACAUUUUAUAACUUUGAUAUCUUUUUAUUACAAAGUGUUUGUUGAGGGAAAAAAAAUAUGACAUUUUUCAAGACAAAUCAACCAUGAAACAAUGUCUUGCGGACAGAACGGAGCUAUGAUACAGAACAGUCACAAGGCAUCAAAGACAACAGUUGUAAUAUUUGAAUCACAGCAAUGAGGGAUUUUAAUUGAUGACUGUAUCAUUUAAAAUGGUAUCUGGUUCAUCCUCGCGCAUAGAAGGAGGGACAUUUAAAAAAACUGGGUGUUGUUCUUUUUUCUUUGGGUUGACUGAACCACUAUAAUGUGAACCAUAAGUAAUUAAUGAGUCAGUGAGCGAGUCAAGUUGUUUCGAAUCACCCUCACAAAAAUGACUCCAGGCUGUCAACAGUAGCAGUGCCCAGGGACACAGUAGCAGGAAGCACUGAUUACCAAGCUGACAGAAUAAAACUCUAGCCCGAGUUUAUUUGAUUGGACUCCCCAGCCUAUUGUCGAUCUUUCAACCCUGAGUCUUUCAGGCCCGGUGGUUCACACAUCUCAGCCAACUCAGGAAACGACUAGAAGAAGAGUAGAACACAGAGGACAAUGGUGGGCUCUGAACAGCUUUAACCUGUUGUUCUUUCAACCUUCCAUCUUCCUUUCUGUGGAGCAGGGUUUCAGAAUUUGACGUUGUGUUUUCGAUCACACAUCCUAGGUUUUUUAGUUGGGUAUUAAGUUGCCAUUUAGCUGUUGACAUCACUGUCCUGCUACAGUGACGCAGUAGGGAGAGGUUUACACCCAAAAUGUUAUUGUAUCUCUUGAUUUGAUUUCUGAAAUGUUUUUUCUUCUUUUUUAGUUUUGUUUGGUCAGUUUGUGUGUUUUUUUUUUGUUUUUUUUCCCCAUUUUGUUUCAGUUAAACCCCACUGCCAGCUGGGUACCCCAUUUAUAACAAUGGAUACAAUACAUGGAAGCCAUGUUGGCAGUAUGCUGUUGGGAUAUAGCUCUCUGUCCAGCCCUCUCACCCGCCCUUCGAAAUCACCUAAACACAACUCUGGAAUGAGCUUCCUGUGAUAGAGGAAGUCAGCUUCCUGUCUGCUUAUCUAUUAAGUAAAGCAACACAUUGCAGUUCA